CGUGCGUGCGUGUACGUGUGCGUGUACGUGUAUGUGUGUGUCGAGUGUGUAUGUGCCCGCCUCUGGCCGCCUGUCACAAGUUCAGAGUGUUCUCAGCCAGUAGCAGUCGCACUCGCAGCGCAGACCACGGAGCCGGAUUUGGAAGCUGCCUUUACGACGAGGAUCUCUGCAUCUCGGGCCGGCGGGGCGGGGGACUGUGUUCUACCUUGAGCCUGCGAUGUCAAACAAGUGCCGAGUUCUUUCUUCGUGCGAACCAUAAAGAUGGCGACGACGACGACGACGCAAUUAUAUUAGUAACGGAAAAGUCGGAAUGCGCGGAAACUCCAUUGCAUGCUGCUCAUUGGCCGGAAUGGCAUAUGAAUGGCUACCAAAAAUGACGAAAAAGUCUUCUGGAUGAUUGAAACUAC